GUCCAUCGUUGAUUGGUAUCACAGGGGGUAAGGAGCUUACCCUAUGAUGGUCUUCGUCUCCUGAAAUGCUCCCCUGGACAUAAAGAAUGGAUUUUUGGUCUCGGCUUGUUGGCGGUUCCCGUACUGCUUCCAAAACCCCUCGAACAAGCAGCCCCGUAGAACGACUGACAGCAUUUAAAAGAUCCUGCAACACUCUGCAACAAAUAUGGCGGACGAGCAACUCCCCUUCCAACGAGCUUGCCGCGACGUCUCAGGCGCGGGCCUGCGUUGACCGUUUGAACCACGUUCUUACCGAGGAAUCCAGAGGGCCUGCGCCCCAUCCAUGCCUGUCGUAUGCAUCCACUUCACAAAUAUUUGUGACGGUCACGAAGCUGGCUUUGACCUAUCGGGAUGAAGGAUUGGUACGAUCAUCGGCAGUCUUCUUCAAUACGCUGAUUGAUGGCGAGGUGGACGGAAUUGUCGAUAACCGUGUUUUUUCACGCGCCUUGGUUGACCUUGUUCGAAGAAACUCGGUGCGUACGGAUGAUACAGAGUCGCGGCUGGUCGAGUUGCUCUUCGGUGUUGCCAACAAUAUUCGUCUGCGUCCUCAAAUCUUGACUGCGUGGUUUAUCCCAAAACAAGCCGAACUGCCAGAGAGAGAGCUAGAAGAGGAUGAGCAGUUUGCAGGUGUCACACGCAAAGAUGAUUUUCCACUCUUUUACCUCCUGGUAGACUAUGUUCACCGUGAAGGUCGUGCAGGUGACUUUGCACGUACAGGCCUUUUGUAUCUUAUUGAAACCGCGACUCGUUCGAGGAUACUUGAGAAAUGGUUGAUUGAAAGCGACUUAGCCACUUUGAUGGCAACGGGCCUCGGAGCAGUAUACAGUCAACUGAGCAGAAAUGUCCAUCCUACAUUUGUUGAAGGAAAUGUCCCAACAAUUAUAGCACUUUCCGAUGAGAACGACGAUAUCCAGCGGAAUUCCGAAGCAACAAUGCGUUCUGACGUCGAUUCUUUCAUAUCCUACUUGCUCUUUUGGCAGGAUACGGUAGAGCACUGUCAAUCAAAAGAAGUCAAUGAUACACUUUUAGAUCAUUUCGAGGUCCUAUUCCUACAACAGCUUCUGUAUCCAUCUUUGUUGGAAUCAUCGGACAUGAAGGGUGGGUCGACUUCCACUGUGCUCUCGUAUCUGUGUCGAGUGCUUGAAUCCAUUGAUCAGCCGAAACUUGCUCACCGCACUCUUCGAUUCUUGAUGGCGAGUCCCACUGAUGCCGAGCCGAGUUUGGAGGUUUCUCAGGAUCUACAAAAAAAGCAUUUAUCUGUCAGCCGGCGCAAGUCCCUAGACAUGCUUGCCACCUUGGCAGAAGCCGAGGAACAACAGCCGUCCCCGUCAUUAUUCAAUCUUGCUGAUUUGAUAUUGAUGAGCAUCAAAUCACAAAAUAAAGAGACAAUUGUAGCGACUUUGCACUUAUUGACGGUCAUAGUACGCAGACAUCAUCCUUUUGCAGGAUCUUUAAUCAAAACGAAGGACCCGGUGUCUGGGCCACAGCGUACCGUUGGUGCUCUCAAUGAAGAGCUUCGCAGGUAUUUAUCAUUCGCAACAAGCAUUAUCGACGAUCCAUCCUUGAAUGAGUCUUUUGAACAUUACUCCAAAGAUGCCACAGUCGUCCUCGAAUCUCGUCUUUUCAUACCAUCCCCGAACAGUAGCAUCUUGGAUGGGCCGGCCGACCAACCACUCGAUCUUUCCCUGGAUGAUGCAAUCUUCAAGGAGAUUCUGAAUCUCCUGGAUAGAUUCUUUUCGAACAGUGUGACGGUAAACCUCGGACUGACUGAGCUCAUCACCAGUCUUGCUUCAUCAAAUCUAAUUUCACUCAACGGAUGGCUCUUAGUUGAUCCUUCAAACUACAAUUACAAAUCAGAAUUGCCGCCUACAGCAACAGGUUCUUCGACGAUAACGGAGGGGGUCAUUUCCAACAUCCACGACGAACGGUCUGGGCCUGUUGACCCUUUAGCAGGUAUCAUGGCUAGUCUGGCGCCAGCGACCUGGUUAGAUGGGGACGAGUCCUGCAUCUCGAAGUCUUUACGGAAACUUACCGAACAUCUCGAAGAUUGGAGGAGGGAUAUCCCAGAUUUUGAUAUUCUAGUCGCCGCUCGUCGAGACCUCUUACAUAGUGACGAUGAUGACGAUAAAUCCAAAUAUCAACGCUCGGUCAAUACAUCUCGUCAACCCUCACAAGCUCCAAAUACGCGGUCUGUGGAGGCACCUCUUUCUCCGCGCGGCAGACCUAUCAGUAAUAGCAUUACCCAAGAAGGACCACUUUCGAGCACCCCAGGCUCUCUACCACGCAGUACGAUCGGAUCUCCUUUGCGUGAGUCAUCCAUCCAAUCACAUAUGUCCUCAUCUCCGACUCGACGUCCUGUUGCGGUUGAGGACCUCCGCCAAAGACUUGCCAGCUCGUAUCGCCUUGAUAAAACUACAGACCGCCUAACCCCUUCUCAGCAAGAAAACAAGCACAAUGCUGGAGAGACACAGGUUGAUAAAGCAGCUGAAGGUGGUGAGGAACCGAGUGACGAUUCAUCACCAGCCCAGAUUGAAACCGUUGUUACACUUGGGCAUAUUCUUACGAAUGCCGUUAUCCUAUACGAGUUCAUCCUGGAGUUAGCGGCCAUGGUGCAAGUUAGGGCUACAGUAUUUGAGGAGGCGGGUUAUGCAUAAAGAGCCGCCUGGAUUCUACAUCUGUUUAUUAUCGUUAUAAUCUGGCCAUACUAAUACCCCUCUAUGUUCUGGCAGUUGAAACUGUUUUCUCGUUUAUUCAAUCUAAGCAUAUAGAGUGAUUG